GGUGAGUGUGUUUCAAACAGAAGAAACAAAGACUAAACUAAAUAUGAUAACUGAUAUGAUGCAAUCUGUCAGAAUCCUUUUCUGUCUGCUCUGUGGUUCAGUGGCAGCAGCAGCUCAGGAAUUUAACCAGAACAUCCACCCUGCAGCUGGCAGGUUUAGUGACCAGCGGCCAGAUCAGCUUGAAGUCCAGGAAUCAGCAGCUGCCCAACAGGAGAAACAGUCUGUCCAUGAACCAUUGUCUUGGAGUUUUCCGGGUCCACUGGCUGAAGAGGAACCUCGCUACCCUCCAAACUUUGAGCUGAAGGCUCCUGCAGCAGCCAACAGUGUCAGCGCUGUCUGCCAGGAGAACUCCGUUCGGGUGGAGGCCAAGAGAGACCUGCUGGGCAUCGGUCAGCUGGUCCAAGCAGCAGACGUCACCCUGGGAGGAUGUCCUGCCACGGGCCAAGAUCCAGAUGCUCAAGUCCUGAUCUUCGAGUCAGAGCUGCACGGCUGUGGCAGCCAGCUGCUGAUGUAUGAGGACUCGUUCGUCUAUGUCUUCACGUUGCUCUAUACUCCCAGUCCUCUCGGAGACAGUCCCAUUGUCCGCAGCCGACAUGUCUCCAUCAACAUCGAGUGCCACUAUCAGAGAAAGCAUGAAGUGAGCACUGGGCUGUUGAAGCCAACCUGGACUCCAUUGAGUGACAGCAAAGCUUCAGAGGAAAGUCUGUACUUCUCGCUCACACUAAUGACUGAGGACUGGCAGUUCCCUCGUCCUUCCUCUCAGUUUCUGCUGGGAGACGUGAUGAAGUUUGAAGCUUCAGUCAAACAGUUUCAUCAUGUCCCACUCAGAGUGACCGUGGACAGCUGCGUGGCAACUGUAGUCCCCAAUACUGAUACUGUCCCCCGAUAUGUCUUCCUGGGAAACAACGGGUGUCUAUUUGACAGUCAGCUGACUGGCUCCAGCUCCCGGUUCCUGCCCCGGUCACAGGAUGACAAACUGCAGUUUGAGCUGGAGGCUUUCAGAUUCGAGCAGGACGACAGAGGCAUGUUCUAUGUCACCUGCAAUCUGAGAGCCACAGUAGCUGCUGCACCUGUGGAUGUCACCAACAAGGCCUGUUCAUUCUCCAACGGGUGGAGCGAGGCUAGUGGCAACCAUCAUGCUUGUUCCUGCUGUGAUACAGACUGUGGGACUGGUAGCAACAGAGACCUAACUGAAACAGGUAGUCAGUGGGAACAGGAAACUGCUGUUGGACCAAUCAUAGUGAAGGAGAGACCCCAGCUGAAAGCAUGAGACCUCUAAAAUACAUGAAUCAUGUUAAAGCUCUUAUACACUGAUCAGAUGGGUGUGCGAUUGUGAUUAAGCUAUUAAUUGUACAUAUAUUUUUUUAUUUUAUACAUCAUAUUUAAUCCAUGUCUGUCAGAUCUUUGUGUUUCAUUUACACAGCAAGACAGAAAAAUAAAAUGUUAUUAUUGUA